GGUGAGAGGCAAGCUGAGUAUUAUAACAUAGAAAGCUUAGUGAUGAACAGUUGAGUAAGGAUUAUUGUUUGUUCUUUUGUGGUUAUUUUUCAUUUGGUGAUGCUACUUUCUAUAGUACAGCUGUAGUUAUGUAUAAAUAAGUAUUUUGUUGAAAUGAUGGACUGUUACUUAUAUAAGUAAGUUUGAUGAAUUGGUGCAAGAUCUGAUUCAGUAAAGUGAGCUUUGUGGAUUGAGUGCUUUGGGAAUUGUGAAGAAAGAUUUGUGGGGAUUUGCAUGUGACUGCUCUGCUGCAAACACACGGGUUCUUGGAAUUUUUUUAUUUGCUAUAAUAAAAAACACUUUAUGGAGCAGCAGAAUAACUCGGGAUUGACUCGGUACCGAUCUGCGCCGAGUUCUUAUUUUGCAGAUAUGAUGAAUGGUGGGUUGUUUGGUGGUGAAGAAGUUGCUGACCAGUUUUUGAAUCCGAGGGCUGGGAGCCCGGAUUCUGAUAGAUUUUUUUCGAGAUUUAUGUCGAGUUGUGGUGGUGAGGAUUCGAAUUUAGUGAGUGUUUGUGAUGAGAGGGUGGGUGGUUUUGUGAAUGAGCCGGUCCAGGCUCAGUUUAUGGCGCCAAUGAAGUGUGAACCGGAUGUGGCUCAUGCUCAUCCUCAGCAGAUGGGGUCCAUGGGGGUGAAUAGUUUGAAUCAGAUGAAGAUGGCUGGUGGAAGCAAUUUGAAUCUUAUUCGACAGAGUAGUUCUCCGGCUGGAUUAUUUGCCCAAGUCAAUAUCGAUAAUGCUGGUUAUGCUGUAAUGAGAGGAAUGGGGAAUUCAGGACCUGCUAGUAGUACUCAUGCAGAUUCCUCAUUCUCCUCGGGGAGCCGGUUGAACAAUCAGAUGGACUUUCCACCAAGCACACCUUCAUCUUCUAGCGUAAUUCCUCAUGCCUUUAAGGUUGAGGGCAAAAGCUUUGGCACAGGUAGGCCUGAGGUUGGGAACUAUGGUGAAGGCCGGAUUAAUGAUGGAGGAUAUCUGACAGGUGGUUCCCGAGAUACUUCGUGGGAUGAUUCAGCACUCUUGUCCGAUGAUUUCCUUGCAGGACUUGCAGGAAACGAUAGAAAUGCCUUUUCUAAUAUAAAUUCAUCCCGGAAUCAAACUAGUGAAGGUGGAAGUCGCCCUUCUAGUGCAUUGGCUCAUCACUUAAGUUUGCCAACAAGUUCCGCGGAAUUGUCUGCUAUGGAACAUCUAUUGCAAUUUCCAGAUUCAGUACCCUUAAAAAUCAGAGCCAAGAGAGGGUGUGCAACACAUCCGCGUAGUAUUGCUGAAAGGGUUAGAAGAACCAAAAUUAGUGAAAGAAUGAGGAAGCUACAAGAGCUUGUGCCAAAUAUGGACAAGCAAACAAACACAGCAGACAUGUUGGAUUUGGCUGUGGACUACAUUAAAGAUCUUCAGAAACAAGUCAAGACCCUAUCCGAUGUUCGUGCAAACUGCACAUGUUCAAGUAAGCAGAAGACAUAGCGCUACAUCAUUCAAGUAACCAGAAGUGAUAAUCCAGGAAUAUGUAUGUAUGAACUGCUUCUGUACAGAUAAAAUAAAGAAGGUGGGUGAUUUAAAUAGGAGGAUAGAAAGCAGAUAUGUGUGUAUUUGUCUGAGGGGAAAACAUCCUCAUUGACACCACAAAUAGAACCCUUUUGUUAAUUUACUUGGUGCAUAGCAGAUGCAAGUUUAUUUAA